GACUCAGCCACCCACAUCCUGCUCCCUCCUUGUGGUGAGCACAGCCUGGUGACAGUGAGAGAACACCAGCCUGCCUGCUGCUCACAGCCUGCUGUCACAGUGAUGGAGUCCAGCAACGUCCAGGGGAAAAAAGUUGCCAUUGUUGGAGGGGGCCUGGUGGGUGCAUUAAAUGCAUGUUUCUUUGCUAAACGAGGUUUCCAUGUUGAUGUUUAUGAAGCCAGAGAAGAUAUCCGGGUGUCCAGCUUUGCCCGUGGCAGAAGUAUUAACUUGGCUCUGUCACACAGAGGACGCCAGGCCCUGCAGGCUGUGGGGUUGGAAGAGCAGAUUGUAUCCAAAGGCAUCCCCAUGCACGCACGGAGAAUACACACACCGCUGGGGAAGAAGUACUCUAUCCCUUAUGGCAAGAAGAACCAGUACAUUCUCUCUGUGGACAGAGCAAACUUAAACAGAGAGCUGUUAACAGCUGCUGAGAAGUACUCCAACACUAAACUGUACUUCGGACACAAGCUAAUAGAGUGCAAUGCAGAGUUGGGGACAUUAAUCAUUAAAAGGUCUGGCCAGCCACCCCUGGAAGUCACCUACGAUCUCAUUGUGGGAUGCGAUGGAGCCUUCUCGACAGUCAGAAAGCAGUUCAUGAGGCAAACACGCUUCAACUACAGCCAUGAGUACAUCCCUCAUGGCUACAUGGAGCUGACCAUACCUCCCAAGGAUGGAGACUUCGCCAUGGAACCAAACUACCUCCAUAUCUGGCCAAGAAACACCUUCAUGAUGAUUGCACUGCCCAAUAUGGACAAGUCUUUCACCUGCACUCUCUUCAUGCCCUUUGAGGAAUUUGAGAAGCUAAUGACUGGCGAGCAAGUACUGGAUUUUUUCCAGACCUACUUCCUAGACUCCAUCCCCCUCAUCGGAGAGCGAGAGCUGAAGCAUGACUACUUUUUGCUGCCAGCCCAGGCCAUGAUAUCUGUGAAGUGCUCCUCCUAUCACCUCUCUUCCCGCUGUUUGCUGAUGGGAGAUGCCGCUCAUGCUAUUGUGCCUUUCUACGGACAGGGCAUGAACGCAGGCUUCGAGGAUUGCCUGGUCUUUGAUGAAUUAAUGGACCAGUUCCACAAUGACCUGGUUGCCUGCCUCCCUGAAUUCUCCAGACUGAGGGUGCCUGAUGACCAUGCCAUCUCAGAUUUAGCCAUGUACAACUAUGUAGAGAUGCGAGAGCACGUCAAUUCGACAUGGUUCAUUUUCCGGAAGCACAUCAACAACCUCCUCCACACCCUCAUGCCUUCUACCAUCAUCCCACUGUACACAAUGGUGACAUUCAGCAGAAUUCGCUACCACGAGGCACUUCAGCGCUGGAAAUGGCAGGAAAAGAUAAUUAAUCGAGGGCUCUUCAUCAUGGGGGCAGCAGGGCUGGGUGGCACCUACCUGCUCAUAAAGAGACUGACAUGGGGCUGGUACUUCUUCAUACCAAACUUGUGGGGCUGGUGCCAUUACAUCAGGAAUAUUGGAAAUUUUCCUUUCAGCACCCAAGUGGCACCCAAGUGAUAACAGAAGGUUCUGGGGGCAAUAAAAGUGAAGGCUGUUGACUCAG